AUGGAGGCCGCGGGGUGCGCCGAGCCGUGCAAGCGGAUCGACCGGGACCUGCGCUUCUCGAUCUGCAUGAUCGUGGUGGGGAUGUCCCUGCUGACCGCCGGGUCGCUCAUGGUCAUCCUCGGCCACGUCCUCAGCGCGCAGCUGGACAGCGAGAACGCCAACUCGCUCGCCAUCGCCGGGCCCGUUUCGCUGACCAUCAGCGGCGGAUUCGUGCUGCCGGGGCUGUGCCUGUACUUCGUGCGGAAGAGGAAGUCCGCGCGGAGGCUGAGGCGGAUCCCGAGGAGCGGGACGGAGCUGGUGGACCUGGUGUUCUCGUCCUACCCGUCCCUGUCAGACAUCAGCCCGUCACGCAACUACGCGCCGCCGCCGUCUUACCAGGAGGUCAUGCAGAUGGGCCUGAGCGUCUAUCCACUCUCAAACAACAGGGUGCCUAGCAUCUCCGUACUGGACUGCACCGCCCUGGACAUCCGAUCGGACCUACCGGACAGCCAUGCUGCAGGGCACAGGUCGCCGCAUGAAGGCGCUGCGGACAGCCAUGCUGCAGGGCACAGAUCGCCGCACGAGGGCGCUGCUGACGGCCAUGCUGCAGGAUUCCAGGAAACGUCCCUAACGGAACAAGAACCGCCGCCGAAAUACGAGGACGUGAUCCUGACGUAG